AUGAAGCUCUUCGCCCGAAACGACAAUAAUCUGCUCUCCAUGACCAAUGUUGUGGAGUCAAUGGGCGACUGCAUUGGUAUGCAUUUCAACCCGUCAAAGUCUAGCUGGCUCACUUUGAAACGGGGGAGAGCCCAGAGCGAUCAGCAGUCUGCUCUCCGGACACUCCAGGGUCACGCUAUUGCUAAGCUGCAGGCGGAGGAGUCCUACAGGUACCUUGGUGUCCCAGAAUCAGCACAUUUUCACGCCACCGAAUUGAAGACCACAGCAAAGUCUGAGUUCGGCCGCCGCCUUCAAUUGAUAUGCUCGUCUCAAUUGAACGCCAGGAACUUGGUCAAAGCCAUCAACACCUUUGCCAUUCCAGUCAUCCUCUACUCUCUGUGCAUCGUUGAGUGGACAAAGGCAGAGAUAGAGGAACUCGACCGACAGACCCGCCAAGCACUGUUUAAAGCACACGCCCGCCACCCCAAGGACUCUGCCGCCAGGGUCCACCUGCCUCGUGACAUGGGUGGUCGAGGAAUUCUAUCAUUCCGGGAUCUCCUGGAUAGAACCCGUGUCCGGGUGGCGCGGUACCUACAAGCCCACCCAGACGUGCCACUGUUGGCUGCUGUUAAGCGCCAUCACGACAAUGAUGUGGCACCGUCAAAAUCAGUUACACGUCAAGCCUCCAAACUUCUGGGUGAACUUGACCUACCCGACUUGGAGACUGCCACAAAAGUAAUUGUCAAGAAGGCCGUUGCUCUCCGGUGCCUGGCCGUUAUCCAAGGUAAGCCUCUCCAUGGCCAGUUCUGGAGACGAGCUUCUGAUGCUGGCUUGGACCUGGGCUUGAGUUUUCGCUGGCUGAAAUCGCCAACGAUCAGGCCUGCGACAGAGGGACUCUUGCUGGCUGUACAGGAUCAGACCAUUGCGACCAGGCACUAUCAGGUCACGGUCAUUGGACGGGGAGACGUUGUGGACAUUUGUCGAGUUUGCGGCACUCGCGGAGAAACAGUUGAUCACAUUGUGGCCUGUUGCCCAGCUCUAGCCAAAACACUGUAUAUCGAACGGCAUGACACGCUCGUCAAGUUGGUGCAUUGGGCACUAUGCAAGCGGCAUGGUCUGGGUCGGCCGGGAAGCAACCCGCUGAAGCAUCAUCUUGUGCCUGUCACGGAAAAUCUUGACAUGAAGCUCCUGUGGGAGUUCAAUAUCCCAACGGAUACGCAAGUGCGCCACAACCGUCCAGACCUGGUGUUGCGGUCCAGCACACAGGUGCUGCUGAUGGAUGUUUCAGGAAACGAGGCUGUCGAUGGCGGCGUCGGACAGUUUCUCAAAUCGGCUUUCGACAGUCUUCUCCAAUACUUGGGCGUCUGCUGUCUCGACUCUCACGGAGCUUGUGAAGUUGACUUUGCGGACGCAAGCCGGGUCCACAUUCGCUUCCGCGACAGCGUCCUCGACCAAUUAUUAUUUGGUGUGCUGCAGCAAGUCAGCAGCGACUGCUUGGCGGAGCGACUCGCAAUAUUCCCCAGUACGCCGCCAGCCAAUGACCAGAUGAUGACAAUGUGGAUGCACUGCAGUGCGAUAUUGCACCCCGGCGAGUGA